AUGACGCAGUUCUUACCUCCGAAUUUACUGGCUUUGUUUGCGGCAAGGGACCCAAUCCCUUAUUUACCGCCUGCAGCAAAGCUUCCGCACGAGAAAAAACAAAAAGGCUACGAUGGAGUUGGUGCUUUUCUCAAUUUAUUUGAGCAAAACGGAUUGUCAUUUGUAAAAAAACGGAGCAACGUGAUGCCAAAACAACAAUAUUGUGAGCUGCUACGAACUACGAAUGCUGAACAACGUGAGGUGGUUCUUGAGGCUAUACAUCGUUUACAUGGCUGCGGAGAUGAGCUCCUACAGGCUCUACAAAUCUUCUUCACCGGACCAGCAGGAUGUGGCAAAACGUAUACAUUGAAGGCCCUCAUGGAAACGUACAAUCGUUACACUCAGAACCACAACUCACUCAACAACGCCUACGUUGCUUGUGCAAGCACAGGUAAAGCAGCUGUACCUCUUGGUGGAACAACAGUUCACUCAGCAUUUCGCCUAACAACUUCUCGAGUUACAAGACUUCUAUCAGCUGAAAACUCGCAAGCCUAUAGAAAUAUGUUCGUUGGCGUGAGAGCAGUUUUCAUUGACGAGAUCAGCAUGUUAAGUGCAGCUAUCCUCGGUAAAAUCAAUUAUCGAUUGCAACAGAUAACCGGCAUAUACGACCAAGUUUUCGGAGGCCUUCACAUCAUCUUAUGCGGCGAUUUCAGACAGCUGCCGCCUGUACGCGCUACUCCGUGUUACACAGUGCCAAUCAACCAACUCGGAGGACCUAUACUGUGGCAAAGCAUCGACUACUUCCCAUUGGUCCGUGUUGUACGACAAACUGACGAGCUGUUUUCGAGAAUUCUGACUAAAAUUGGAGAUGGACUUAAACUAAGUGUCAAUAACAUCAAACUUAUAGAAUCCAGACAUAAGUCAGAGUCCUGGUGCAAAGAGAACGUACCUGACGCUGUUCGGUUGUUUUACAGUAACUUUGAGGUUGAUUCAUACAAUCGAAAAGCAAUUAACAACGCACACAACUGUAUUGCCACUGAUAUCAUGCUCGGAUAUUCCAGUAAUUCUGAGAGGGGCCAACAGCAAGGAAAACUUCACAAGAUGUCGGUUGCAGAGACAGACGGAUUGCCUUACAUGCUGCCCUUAGCAGUGGGAUACCCUUACAUGAUAACGUCUAACAUCAACGUAGGAGAUGGAUUGGUAAACGGCGCUAUUGGAGUCUUGCGACACAUCGAACGUCAGCCAGCCGAUCCAGCCGAAGCAGGACCAUCGACCAGCACGACGUCACCGCCCACAAAAGAUGAAAUUAUCACUCUUUGGUUCGAGUUUCCAGACAAAAGUACGGGUGCCAGUGCAAAACUCAAAAGUCGACCACAUGUACUCAGCAAACCAAACACUUUGUCCGUUGAUUGGGUGCCGGUGUACAAAAAAGUGGUCAACAUCACAUUGACAAAAACAGUGAAAUGCAAACGCAAACAAUUUCCUUGCGUACCUGCUUGUGCCAUUACGAUUCACAAAUCACAAGGUGGGACGUUUGAUGUAAUCGUGUAUAAGUACUCCUCCAAGCAACCACAACAAUUAGUAUAUGUAGCCAUGAGCCGCGUAACGAGUAUCAACGGAUUGUAUAUCAUCACGGAGAAGGACUCUCCUUUGAUUUUCAAACAUGGGCGCGAAGGAAACGACUCACAAACUACACGAGAUAUUCGCACUGAAUAUAUUCGACUCCAAGGACACACUUUGCAAACCACCACUAAAAAGGCAGUCAAAUUCUGUGACGAUGCUACCAGUGCUGGACAAACUAUCGUGACGAACAUCAAUUGUCAAAGUUUGAGUGCUCAUGCCACAGACAUUGAAACAGAUACAGUGAUUCCAAGAUCUGACUAUUUAGUACUGACCGAAACGUGGAUGCGCGACACUUGUGAACCACAUCCAAUCAAGAAUUAUGAGUGCAUAUCAAGGAAGAAUAAUCGAACAAACUCAGACACCAACGCAGCAGGUGGAGUAGCGAUCUAUCGUAGGUUAUCAUCAAUAUCAACAGGAAAAGUGAUCGAUGUUGCGGUCACAGACACUGCUCGAGUUAUCAAAACCUGCGGUGACUUGUGCUUGGCUGAAGUUACUUGCUUUACCGCUGAUACUACCUUCAAAUUUGUGCUCGGUGCUGUUUAUAUUCAUCCAGGAUUAAGUGUACAAGACAUCGGAAUGUUGCUACACCAGGCACUUCUUCCAUACGUGCAUAACAGCCAGUACGUGCCACCGUUCCUGCAAGUUGAUCCUAAUAUGCCGAUUCUUCUAUGCGGUGACUUCAACCAAAACGUGAAGUCUGAUGACAAGUUUCUCAAAUUCAUUAAAGAUACGUUUAAUCUUGAUUGCGUAUCAGAUAUGUCUAAGUCUACUACGUUAAAAGGAACAACCAUUGACUUGACAUUUUCUAGGCACAUUACAGCAGAAACACUUCCUUUCAUUUCAUAUUUCUCCUAUCAUCGCCCUGUCCUCAACAAAAUCAAUAUAUAUUAUGAACAGCAUCCUUCGGAGACUCCACCUCCGACGCGGGUGGAGACACGUGAGGAGCGAUUGGAACGGCGUAGACGCGAAAGGGCUGAGCAGACAGCUUACCGACUGGAACAGGAGAUUGCCCUGUGGGAUCCAGCUUCAAAUCCUGUGUCUACCACUGACCCAUUCAAGACAUUGUUUGUAGCACGAAUUAAUUAUGACACAUCCGAAUCGAAGUUACGGAGAGAGUUUGAAGGUUAUGGACCAAUAAAAAAAAUAUGCAUGGUAUACAACAAAGAGAACGAUAAACCUCGCGGUUACGCGUUCAUUGAGUAUGAGCACGAACGAGACAUGCACUCCGCCUACAAACACGCAGACGGUAAGAAGAUCGACGGCAAACGGGUUUUGGUGGACGUUGAAAGAGCUCGAACCGUGAAGGGAUGGCUUCCACGGCGGCUGGGAGGUGGUUUGGGCGGAACGCGUCGCGGCGGAGCGGACGUGAACAUCAAGCACUCCGGCCGGGAGGAUAACGAGAGGGAGAGGGAGCGAUAUCGUCUGGAGCAGCGCGACAGAGACGACCGCACGCAUCGCGAACGCGACCGCGCGGUCCGCAGGCGCAGUCGCUCGAGAUCGCGGCGCCGCUCCGCUUCAAGAGCGCGGCGUCGCGAGCGUCCGCGCGAAGAGGAGCCCGACAAGAGACGGCGACGCUCCCGCUCGCGAUCGGAGCGGCGGCGCGAGCGGCGCGACCGCGACAAGGACAAGCACAAGGAGCGCUCGCGUCGCGACCGAGACCGCGACCGCGACCGAGACCGCCGCGACCACAAGCUCAAGCAGGAGGAGAUCAAGAUCAAGGAGGAGCCCAUGGAUGAUUAUCCGGAAUUCAACCUGCCACCUCUGGACGUGCAGAUCAAGCAGGAGCCGGAGGAUGAGAAUAAAUACAAUCCGGAGGAUGCCAACGGAGCUCACUACGACUACUGA